AUGCUGGAGACAGCAGGACGACUGGAAUUUCGCGGGUCCGGGCUGGCCUCAGGGUGGAAGGCAUUUGGUGAAUUGCUCGACAAUGCACAAAGUGAGGAGGCUCCAGGGGGCACCUGCAGGCGAGACUGGGAUUUCUCGACAGCUACUGACACCUCAAGCAAUGACCCGCUGUGUCCCCUAAAACUUCCUUCAAGAAAUGCAGUACAGAGACACCGUGGUCGACCAGAGACACUGGAUGGAUCCACUUUUAUUCCUGCCGCAAAUGAAGAACGAGUGGCCGAAUUCCGGGCAGAGAUAUUGGACGGGGUGCGGCACCUGUUGCACGACGAAGCUGAGCUCGAGUGCCUCGUGCAGCUUUGCAUGAAGUUGAAUGAGAAAAACACGGCUCUUUUGGAGCGGGCCAUACACCGCAGAGGCGUUCCUGAAUGCAUGGAACUUCUGGAGGAAGCCUUGGAGCUGGAAGCCCGCGGAGGCAUGAUGACCGCUGAGGGCCGCCGUCGUACACCUGGAGGAGUUUUUUUGCGUCUUUUACAGGACAGGGUACCCAGGGAAGACAAACGCUUUAUUUGGGAUGAACAGAACAGGGAACAGAGGCGGCUCAAACGCCAGCGCAUCCGCAGUCUCAGAGGCACUGGAACUCCUCCUUGCGGAACUACAUCUGCGCAUCAGGAUGCAACAAAGCGUUCCGCCACUGCCUGCGCCUCCUUGCAACCAUCACCAGCCACACAGCCUGACAGCCAAGAGCGGGAACCUGGGGAAGUCGAAGAUGCCGAGGCCGAAGCCCCCGACGGGUCGUGGAAAUGA